AGUACAGUGCUCACAGCCACGCUUUCAUAGAAAAAUCUGGAACUCAACGGCUCCUGCUAUUUCUCUCUCUAGAAUUUUUUCUCUCCUCCUCCCCCUAAGCACUCCCUCUCUAUAAACUACUGACUAAUAGAGCCUCCAUAUAUAUAUAUUAUUCGAACAUAUUCUGACUUUGCAAAUUUGAUAUUUUUCUGAUAUUCUCUCUCUCUCUCUGUGCUUGUGAAAACCCACAAGUUGCUUAGAAACUGAAACUACCAUGUGCCUGCAGGACUCAGAACAAGUUUCUGAACGAAUGGACAAUCUGGGUUUCUCUGAGCAUGAAGAAAACCACAAGACUUGGCCUUUGCAAUCUGAAUUGUUUCAUGCCCAGAUUCAGAAUUGGGAAAAUGAAGCUUCUUGUGAUCAGUUUGCUCUCGGAAAUUCAUUUCCCCUGGAAAGCAUUUGUGAGGAUUCUACAGUCGCAGACAAAAAACAGAACCUUUUGAAUAAUUUCAUCCCUGCCCUUCGGUCUGGAGAGUGGUCUGACAUUGGAGGUCGUUCUUAUAUGGAGGAUACUCACAUAUGUAUUACAGAUCUAGCAAAGAAUUUUGGUUACAAUUUACUUGGUGAGGAAGCCAUUUCCUUCUAUGGUGUAUUCGAUGGGCAUGGAGGAAAGUUUGCAGCACAAUUUGUCCGUGACCAUUUACCUAGGGUGAUUGUUGAGGAUGCCAAUUUCCCUUUAGAACUUGAGAAAAUUGUCACAAGGUCAUUCAUGGAAACAGAUGCUGCCUUUGCGAAGUCAUGCUCUCUCGAGUCUGCUCUAUCUUCUGGCACAACUGCUCUCACUGCAAUGAUAUUUGGCAGAUCUUUACUUGUGGCAAAUGCUGGAGAUUGUCGGGCAGUCCUAUCUCGACGUGGAUUGGCUAUAGAAAUGUCAAAAGAUCACAGGCCUUGCUGUGACAAUGAAAGGAUGAGGAUCGAGUCACUGGGUGGAUUCAUUGAUGAUGGAUAUUUGAAUGGCCAGUUGGGUGUAACCCGGGCGCUAGGUGAUUGGCACAUAAAAGGACUGAAAGAAACUGGUGAAAGGAGUGGGCCGUUGAGUGCUGUGCCAGAACUUAAAUUGAUUACACUAACGAAGGAAGACGAGUUUUUGAUAAUCGGUAGUGAUGGAAUUUGGGAUGCGUUUAGAAGCCAAAAUGCAGUGGACUUUGCCCGGAGAAAACUCCAAGAGCACAAUGACGUGAAAUUGUGCUGCAAGGAACUAGUAGAAGAAGCACUAAAGCGGGGAGCAAUAGACAAUCUGACAGUCGUGAUGGUGUGUUUUCAUUCAGAGUCGCCUCCCCGAGUGACCGUGCCAAGACCAAGAGUUAGAAGGAGCAUCUCUGCUGAGGGACUUCAAAAUCUCAAAUUUCUGUUAGAAGGAUAAAAGUCAAAUUGUUUUUUUUUUCCAAAUACUUUUUCUCUAUAAUUGGUAGGCACAGCUUCUUAGCUGGUGAAGAUGAUGACGACGAUUGAUGGUGGUGGUUGUAUGUUCUAUCAGGUACCAUUUUAUAUAAAUUUAUUUGAUAGAACAACAUUCUUCAUAAUAAUGAUUCGCUUGGUUGUCAGAAGAUGGGAGAAAAGGAAGGAAACCUUGCUCUACCUUUUGGGCAGAGACCAUAGUUUGUAAAUAGAUACUUGUGAUUCAAAUUAUAUGGUCCUUUGUUGAUUA